AUGGCCUUCAAGUUAACAAUCGUAGCCCUGGCGCUGGUGGCGUCCGCGCACUGUCGGAUGUUCACAUACGUCCGGCCCUCUGAAUCCAAGUCCGCGUCCGUCCAACGCGCCCAGCCUCGCCUCGGCUUCGAGCACCACGUCUCCGAGGACGAACACGUCGACUAUUAUGCGUAUCCAAAAUAUGUCUUCAAAUAUGGGGUGAAUGACUUCCACACUGGUGAUAUCAAAACUCAUCACGAGAGCCGCGAUGGUGACGUAGUCAAAGGGCAAUACACAGUGGUAGAGCCGGACGGUUCCCUGCGCACUGUGGACUACACGGCGGACAAGCACAACGGGUUCAACGCGGUCGUGCACAAGACCGCGCCCAUCUCCCAGCACGAUGCCGCCCUACUACACCAUCACUAGUGCUAGUGCUAGAUUAGUUCAUAGCUUACUUGUGUCAACGCAGGGAGAAAAAUAGUUGAUUGAGAAUUGACUGAACUGUUCUACAAAUUCGUUAUUUUCUAAUUAUGCCAUUGCUGAGUGGGUAAGUGCAUGUGGCACAGAUUUAAGGCCUGUCUAGACGGGGACAAGUUUUCGCCAAUCUGA